AAUAAAACAAGGAAAAAGGAAGAAGAAUACAGUACCUUUGAAUGCUGCAGACCGGUGGCGUAUUGACGUUGUGUUCCUACGGUCCAAACGCUUUCUGACAGCGCAGUCUACAAUUUACAGCAACGCAAUGGACACCAGCCCAUUUUUAUUAGGUGCUCUAUAGCACAGUGACAUUUCCUGAUGAAAUCUAAAUCAAAGGCCCAGUUGGCACCCCUGCCAUGGACAGAGAUCCUUGUGUAUUGGGUGCUGUCCUUUGGCUCUCAUCUGUACUCUUUCUACCAACUCCACAGGUUCUCCAAAGAGCAUGAAGCAGGAUUACAGAGAGAAUUCCAGUUGGAAAAAGGCCUUCUUAAGGGGUUUCAAAGGGACCCAUCAGACUUUGAGUGGAGUUUCUGGACUGAAUGGGCUAAGAAGUCUUUGCUGUGGACUCUUUUUGGUCAUGGUGUCAUAUCGAGAUUGACCAGCAUCUUUUACCCCAAGUUUAGGGUGCCAGCGCUUACGAUAUAUGGCCUCUUAGCAGCCAGCUGUGUGUUGGGGAUUAAAGGUGUUAGUGUGCUGCUGGUACAUCUGGGCCUGUGCUUUUCAGUGGCCCAACUACGAAAGCCUGCUGUGUCGUGGGCCUGUAACCUGCUGCUGCUCUCCACACUUAACUUCCAACCACUUCAAGAGAUCCAGAGAGGCUGGUAUAAGACCGAGGAGGAGUACUAUCUGCUACUCUUCAGUGUUGCUGUCUGUGGGCUACGCUUCAUCAGCUUCAGCCUCGAGCAUUGCUGGUGCCCUCUAGACCGUGGUGGCGUUGUGCAGCUCUCUUGGUUAUUGUCAUACACCUUCUAUCAUCCUUUUUUUUACAAUGGGCCCAUUAUCACGUACAAAGACUACAUUGAGCAGAUGCAGAGGCCUGCUGAGGGUGACAGGGAUGAGUCUGCUUUUAGUUACUUGGCGCUCAGAUCAGUACGGAUCAUUCUGUGGUGGUGCAUUGCAGAAUACAUGAUCCAUGUUAUGUACAUGCACUCCAUCCAGUCUAAUGAGACUUACCUAGAAAUCCUUCCACCUUGGGCCUUGGGCGGUCUGGCCCUGGCCCUCGUCCAGUUCUUCUAUGUGAAGUAUCUGAUACUGUUUGGCCUUCCAUCCAUGCUGGCUACUUUGGAUAAACUAGUUCCCCCAAAGCUUCCUUGUUGUGUCAGCAUCAUGUACAGUUUUACAGGGAUGUGGAGGCACUUUGACGAGGGCCUGUAUCGAUGGCUCAUCAGAUAUAUCUAUGUGCCGUUGGGAGGUUCACGGUAUGGUCAUCUUUACAAAAUCUUAUCCACUGGCCUUGCAUUUGGAUUCGUCUGCCUCUGGCACGGUGGCCAUGAUUACUUACAGUACUGGGCCCUAAUGAAUUGGGCCGGAGUUCUGGUGGAAACUGGAAUGAAGUCUCUGUUUGCCUCAUCCUUUAUUAACUCCAUUGUUGAGCAGAAUUUCUCUGCGGCAAUGGAAAGGCGUUGCAUUGCCCUUCUCUCUGCCUUCUCCACUGCCAUGCUCAUCCUCUCUAAUCUGGUGUUCCUAGGGGGUAUACAUGUUGGCCGAAUCUACUGGAAACGUGUCUUCAUUCAAGGCUGGUCAACCCUGGCCCCACCUAUGCUGGCUUUCCUCUACUGCUUUGCUCAGAUUGGACUUGAGUGGACUUCCCACCCAACUGAGUCACCUUGACUUUGUGUCCGAGUCAGAAUCCCUGCUACAGGACAACCAGAACAACCUGCUGAGUCCAGGGCCUUGUCUUCACCAGUCCCUGUGGCGAACCUGGCUCGUGGCCACGGAACCUGUCCAAACCUGGCUGAAGUGCAGCUGAGCAGCCACUUUUCACAACCUGCAAGACUGGGCACAAUCUGUCUGUAAGCUAAGACUUAAAGGAUCAGUGUUGAUUCCUUCUGAGGAGAGAGUGUCAUGUGCUUGGAAAAUUUAAGUGCACACAAACUCUGAUAGAUAUAGAUAGAGUGUAAUACUGUAAAUUCAGGGCAAGCUGCAGUAGCAGCCUUGGCAGUGGCAAGUGGCAAGUUUUCCACCCAAUAAGCUUCACUGCAUCACUGUUAUUCUAUGAAACUAUAAAAGAAAAUAUGGACCCUGAA